ACGCGAGCCCGAGCCAAUGGCGUGCACGUGUGGGCGGGGCAGGAGGGCUCGUGCCUUGGCUCUGUGAUUGGGAGACAGAGACAGAGGGAGCCCGGCCGGGCGGGGGGUGCGCUGCACGAAAAUGCACUCGGAUGCCGCCGCUGGCAAUUUUCAGCUGAACUCUCAUCUAUCAACACUGGCAAAUAUUCACAAGAUUUACCACACCCUCAAUAGGCUGAAUCUGACAGAAGACGUUGGUCAAGACGAUCACCAGACAGGAAGUCUCCGAUCUUGCAGUUCUUCAGACUGCUUUAGCAAAGUGAUGCCUCCAAGGAAAAAGAGGAGACCUGCAGCAGGAGAUGAUUUAUCUGCUAAGAAAAGUAGACAUGAUGGCAUGUAUAGAAAAUAUGAUUCAACUAGAAUAAAGACAGAGGAAGAAGUUUUUUCAAGUAAGAGGUGCUUAGAAUGGUUCUAUGAGUAUGCAGGAACUGAUGACAUUGUAGGUCCUGAAGGCAUGGAGAAAUUUUGUGAAGACAUCGGAGUUGAACCAGAAAAUGUCGUUAUGCUUGUUCUAGCUUGGAAAUUGGAUGCACAAAACAUGGGUUACUUCACAUUGCAAGAAUGGUUAAAAGGAAUGACGUCAUUGCAAUGUGAUACAACAGAGAAAUUGAGAAAUUCCUUGGAUUAUUUGAGAUCCUUAUUAAAUGAGCCUACAAAUUUUAAGCUUAUUUAUAGAUACGCAUUUGAUUUUGCACGGGAAAAGGACCAACGCAGCCUAGAUAUAAAUACUGCCAAGUGUAUGUUAGGACUUUUAUUGGGAAAAACAUGGCCUCUUUUUCCGGUAUUCCACCAGUUUCUAGAGCAAUCAAAAUACAAAGUGAUUAACAAGGACCAGUGGUGUAAUGUGCUAGAAUUCAGCAGAACAAUUAACCUUGACCUCAGUAAUUAUGAUGAAGAUGGAGCAUGGCCAGUGUUAUUGGAUGAAUUUGUGGAGUGGUAUAAAGGGAAACAGAUGUCAUAGGAGUUUAACUAUGCACAGCCACUCAAGAGUCACUGUUACUACAGUUAUGUCAACCAUUAGCCAUAAACUGCUGUUUGUAUCAAAACGCAUGCUGCUUUUCUUGCACUGUAUCCCUUUUGCAGGGAACUUUUGUUGUUUGCUAUUUAACAGGCCAGCUAUGCUUGCUGUGUAGCAUUGUUCUCUUUGAAGGCUGCUUUGCAUUUUGUAUUUACACUACAAAUUGGUGAGCUUGCCAGCAUCCUCACUGUGAUUAUGUGUAUAUUGCUGUCUAAAUUUUGUAUAUGUGUAUAAAAAGCUUCACCUAGGGAUUAUUUCUGGAGAAAUGUAUUGUAAAAAUAAUUGUGGCAUAUUUCUAGUCACUUUCAAUGAACAUGUAACUCAUACUUCUUGUUUUUAUUUGGUCUCAAAUGUAGCAUUUCAGAAAACAAAAUUAAGACUGUUUGAACAUAGAUAUCAUGAACUGUUGGCAGUUCUAAUCUUACUGUUUAAGAUGCCAAUUUUUGGGACAAGGAGAGGUGCAUUAUGUUUUCUUCACAGGCAUAUGCCAAACAUCACUUUUAUUUAGUAAGAAGUAUUGAUGUAUUUUUAUUAUUAAUAUUAUUAAAAUUGUAAUAGUUGUACAUGCCACAGAUGAUUUCCACUUGGAGAAGAAAGUACUGGCUUUUUAAUGUCAAAACUGCAAUCGUUUGAAUAUAGGUACAAGUGAACAAAUUAAAGUACCUUUUAAAAAUUGGGUUUAGACUUU